AGCUGCUGUCAGUACUUUGACUGUACAGGAGGGAGACAGCUGGUGAGUGAGGGGGUGCGAGAUUAUUGAUGUCAGCAUGGACCUUCAUCACCCCCACUUGAUCGGUGAUUGCCUCAUCCAUAUUUUUACGUUCCUGACCGAGGAAGAUUUAAUCAGCGCUACGAGUGUGUGUAAGGAUUGGCAUGAAGCUGCAGAGACUCCUUGGUUAUGGAGGAGGAUGUGUCUGCAGCGCUGGAGCUUCUGUAACUUUGCCGUCCCGGGGAGCGAGCACGUGAAUCACUCGUGGAAGAGAUACUUCCUGCGCCGUUGCCACUUGGAGAUGAAGAUGACUGAAGGCCGUUCAGGAGGUUACAUCUGCAAAAGCCUCAGAGGACACACAGGUAGGGUGGUGGGGUUGGUGUACCUGCAGGGGAAUUCAGCUCAGCUUCCUCACCUGUGGAACAGCAGUGCCACAGUCUGCAGCGCCUCUACAGACGGAACAGUCCGGGCAUGGAACAUCCAAAAAGGCGAACUCCUGUGGUGCAGUCCUGUGCAGAGUCCUUUGACGGCGAUUGUAAGUGAUGAACAGCGUGAAGUUGUGAUCACAGCAGACUCCACAGGCCUCAUCAAGACCUGGCAGAGUCGGAGUGGCCAGGAGGUGGCCUCCUUUGCCACAGCAUCUCCACACUGUGCAUUACUACAGUACAAUGUCAACAACAACUGGUUUCUGACUGUUGGAACCAGUCAGGGAUCUGUGUGUACACUAGCUGAUUCAGCUUUGACUAAAAGCUCCAGCGUAAUGGUGUGUGACACCUUUAAAGUCAACCUACUCCUAGUUUCACCUGACAAGAAAUGGAUCACAGCUGGAACCAAGGACAACGAUGACUUAAGUCCAAAGGUGAUUUACACUGAGAGUGUGACCUCGCCGUCUGAGGAUGAGGAUCCUCUGUGCCGCUCCGUGCCAGUCGCUGGGUGCCAGGCUGCUGUCUUCAUACCCACCCAGCCUGCCAGACUGGCUGUCAUCCACCACAACGAGCGCCCAAACAACAAAGUCCUCUCUGUCUUCGAUGUCACACUUAAAAAGACUAAGUACAAGUCAGAGAUCCAGGUCCAGCAGGUGGAGUCCUUCUCCUUGACACUGAACACCUGGUCGUCAAACAUCCUCCUAGAGGCCAGAGACAGCAACUGCUUGGUCCUGGCAGCUGACCAGACGCUGUGGGUGUACUCUCUGAAAGGAGCGCUGCUUGCUAGCUUUAAGGAGCACACUAUGCCUAUCUCUUCUAUGUGUGUGGAUAGCUUUCGCGUGGUGACGGCGUCUCAGGACCUCUCCUUGCGAGUGCUGACAUGGAGAAGCGACAGGGACCGUGGGUUGACGCUGGAGAGCCGAUACCACUUGCUGGGAGGCUCUCACACAAUGUCCAGAGGGUUCACUCAUGUCGCCUGUGACUACUCCAGCAUCGUGGCCUCAGCAGAAGGGAAUGAUGGGAAAGACGUCUUAAAGGCAUAUACUUUCACCUCCUGAGCAGCACUGCUCCGCAACAAAAGGUGCCUACAAGCAGUUUGCACAAGCCACUGGAAGGAGGAACAAUUGCUUUUAUUGCAAACUGUCAUAUAUGCUCACACUCGGAUGUUCUUUGAUGAGUCUAUGUUUACAGAAAGCAGAAUGUAUCACUUGUUACAGAAGAGAGAUGCUGUGUUAUAAAGGCAUUGAUGCACUGUGUGAAAUUAAGAAACUAACUAUGCUAUUGGAGCAGAGGUAUGUCCGUGUUGAUUUUGACCGGUCUUAAGGCAUAAUGUAUUGCAAAAUAUAUUUUGGUCUCCUGUUCUUCAAUGUUACCUCCACUCACUACAAAGGGAAGAGAAUACCGAGGCGUGUAAGUUCUGCAUUAGUGACAAUAAUCUACAUACGGUCAAUGUUUAGAAUUAGCCCACACUGACAAAAUUCCAUAUUAAAUAAUUUUGUUA